GGUGUGCAAGCUCGACCUCCUGAAAACAACAUUGAUCUAUCUUGCUCAAAUGGUAACACUCACUGGUAGGUAUGAUACAGGCAUAACUUUUGACUUGGCUUGUGCUUUCGAGGUUGGUCUGCAUGUAAGUAAGUCUAGAUAAGCCCUACGAUCCGUGAUAAGGAAGCGCCCGGACGAAUGCAGGUAGAGCGCCCCGCUAAAAUUUAAAGCUCGCUCGGUAGAUGUAAAUGCAUCAAGGUUGGCAGUUCACAUGCAUACACGGCGUCUCCAUUUCACCUCGCUGUAUAAUAUAUUAUACCCCCAACUCCUUACUUUCUCAUCUACAUUGGACGCGUAGUAGCGCCCUCUGGUCCGUCGGACAUGGAAGCCGAGAAAACCGCAGAUCCUUCUGCGGACCCGGAUCCCAUCAUCGCCAGCUACAAAGUCUACGCAAACCCCGCGCUCGCGACAGGACGAAAGCUGCUCAUCAUGCAGCACCCGAACCAGCAGGGCCCAAUAAACUACCCACACGCCCAGAUCAGUGGCAUGCGUAUAAAGAACCGCUCUGGCAUGAUCGAGGUUGACGUGCCCAUCAGCCAUGCCCUCGUCGACUACGACCGCGACAAGGGUCAACGCUGGGGUGGAGCGCUUGCUAAGAGUCUGGCGGCCAAGAGCGGCGGCACCCACGGAUUGGCUGGCGGAUUCGGUGUCGGCGUCUCGACUAUGCGGCCGAGUAAGCGCCGGGAUGAGUUCGAGAGGGACAUCGACAUGAUGGAUUGGAGCGAGGCCGUGCGCCAGGAUAAAGUGCUGCGGACCAAGACGCUGGGCGGACAGCUCCCUCCCGAGUCAGAGACGGAAUGCCAAUGGAUGGUCGGCGUAUUCAAAGGAGACCAUUUGCAUCUCACCCCCGCAUCCGCCCUGAUCCAGCUCCGUCCACAACUUCACCACAUCGAUGCCAUGAAUGAGCAGGAACGUGCAAGCCGUCGCGAAGGCGCAGGCGCAAUGGGCGGGAAAGACGGCGUGCCCGCAACCACAUCUAGCGCCGGUGCCCGAGCGAUCCACAUGUCAAUCAAGAGCGCCGAUUCGGGCAGCGGCGAGUUGACAACCGAGACAAUGGCAGACCGGUUGCGCACGGUACAGACGGAAGCAUGGAGCAGUCUUCAGUACGAGGACGAUGAGAGCGCGAAGUCGUGGGCCGUGUUCAGCAACAACCUCGUGUACCGCAAUGCCAAGAAACCCGCGGCCGACCAAGCCAACGACGAAGAAAAGGGUAAAGGAAAGGGGAAGGAGAAAGAAAUCGAUGUUAUCCAAAUCGACAGUAGCAGCAGCAGUGAUUCGGAGCAGCUACAGGCGCAGUGGGAAAUUGAGGACUAUUUGAAGGCCAUCAGCGCCAUGAAAAAUGGCCCCGAGGGUAGCCAGAAACUAGAAGAUACGGUUGAGAUCAAGCAAGAAGGGAGCAUGAGUAAGACGGCAACAGGAGCGUCAGCGAAAGGCAAAGGGCCAGCCACGCCGGGGCCGGCCUCCGCGGCUAGGAGAACCGCCAAUGCGAAAGGAAAAUCAGUAGCAUUUAAAGGUACGGAUAUGGAAGUGGACUCAUGACGGAUGGCAUGUUUGCAUUGGGUGGCGUUCUCGGAGGCGACUGCACUAUCAUCUGGCGUUUUAAAAUAUAAUUGAAGAACCAUUUUCAUCAGGCCUGUCACUUGGCUUGACUCGUUACUACAUUAUUUACAGAGCUUCAUAUGAUACAAAGCAUUGCUGGCUUCUUUAAUCCUACCACUGCUUUGAGUACUGGUCUAUAUAGUUUGUUUUAGAGUUUCGAGAAAAGGAAACCUGUAUUCUGAAUCUCGCAUGUCCCACCGGAACCUACCUAGGUAGUAAAUGAUCAAAGAUAAUCCACACGGCGUUCGACGGACAGCUAUACUCAAUCCGGACUCCUCUUGAUGCACACCAAAGAGACAGAGGAUUUCUUGGAACCACCGUCGGUCAUUAGAUAGGUUAAUGUUGAUCUGUCGUACUGUCCGGUCCAAAUUGCUAGUAGAUAAGACAAAGGGUCUUCAGAUUGCCAUGGACUAGAUGCCGCUAUGAGAAUACUAAAGCUACCUCAAUGCCAAUGCCUUUUGCACGCUAUUUACACACGAUAUUUCAUAUGGGUCUAUUCGUAAAGACCAAGGUAUAGUACACUUGCUUUCCAGACCUACUCUCUACCACUCGGAGUAG